AUGGCAAAUAAACUUCGUAGAACCCUACAGUCCUAUAGGGAAAACACUAUUCCUAGACAAGUUUCGAUCGAUACUAAUUAUUACGAUCUGAGAUGCAUUGAGUCUUCUUUGGAGUUUCGCCUAUCGACCUUCAAAAAGGAUGACAGUACAGAAGCAAAUAAAUUAUUUAUACAGGAGUCAGGAACACUUAGUAAAGAAAUUCUUGGAAAUACAAACAGAUAUGGAUUUGUGUCUGGUAGCGGUGAACCUCACAUACUCGGAUCAAGUGUCGAAGCGAAAAGAGAAGGAUGUAAAAUUCAUAAUGGGUUUAUCGAUUUAUUGCCCAACAUCACUGAACGAUCUGGCAGUAAAGUCAAGGAAGGAGAACUUGCUGGUAAUACAUUGAAUAAGGAAGAAGGCCAAUGCCCAAACAUCAGAAAAAUGGAAAAAAUGCAGACAUCCCUUGGAAAAUUGCGCAGAGUUGGAUCCUUGGGAGGCGAUGAUUGGAAAAUGAUCGUGCCUCAAAAAAUGUGUCAUCUUAUAUACCCGAACUUUUGCUGUACUGAAGACGAGUUAUCAAGUAUUGCAAACUAUUCAAACAUGAUCCAAAUGCGAUCUAGUGAAAGAGUGAAUAAAAAAACAUCGUAUUGCAACGAUUUAAUCUUAGUUGACAUAUUUGAAGAUAAAUCUCGAAUUGCAACCUUGAUUAAUAAUUAUGAAGUACUUAAUAAUGAUGGUAUUGAUCCGAAGGAAUUAAUUUAUUAUAUAAAAAUUGUUGCUGAAUUUGGCUUUGAUCACAUAAUAAUUAUUGGGGAGAUCGAAUUUGGAUUGCUCUUUUUAGAUUGUUAUGGUCGUGUUUUUCUGUGGGAAGAUCAGGGCCAAAUGUUAUGGCCUCUUGGUAAUUCUCCUGAGGAUGUAUCAAAAUGUGAAAUUAAAGGAGUAGAUCAGGUGAGAUGGUUUGUAGUGAAUGGAAUUGUAUAUAAGUAUAUUACAAAAUGGGAAGAUACCUUUUAA